AUGGGCAUGGUGAUGGUUGCGGCGCAAGUGGCAGCAUGGCCGUGGCAGUGGCAGUUCUGGCAUCGACGCGGCGGUGACGGCAAGGUUACGGCGUUGGCGGCAUGGACACUUUUGGGAAAAAGACAGCUUGAUCGCGGCGGCAACGGUGGCGACCGCGGGAGCAGUAUUGUUUUAGGAAUGGUGAACUACAAUGUUACGAGCCGACCAUCGAUCCUGAUGAAGGCACCCCGAACGACAACCGUGGGGAGGCCCCGGCUAGAGUCGCUGGAGGUCUAA